AAAAAAGUCAAAGACCAAAACCAAACACUUCCCGUGGUGGCCACUCCACUGGCCAAGCCACCGUCACCACCACCACCACCACCACCACCACCACCACCACCAAACACCGUAACACAUAUACGAUGAUGAUUCAGUCAAAAUGGUAACCCCCUUCCAAAUUGAAUGCACUUUCCUUUUCCUCAACUUUCCAUCUUUACAAUCAAUAUAUAUAUAAAUCAUCCCUCAAUUUCCUCCCAUAUAUAAACAACGCUUCGUCAUUCAUUCCUCACAACCAAAACCCUAAAAAUCACCAUGGCUGCGGAGAAACAGCUCAUCGUCGCCGUCGAAUGCACCGCUGCUAUGGGUCCCUAUUGGAGCACCAUUCUCACGGAUUACCUUGAGAAGAUCAUCAGGUCUUUUGCUGGAAACGAGUCAACUGGGCAGAAGCCUUCUGCUUCCAACGUUGAGUUUGCCCUAGUCACCUAUAAUACUCAUGGAUGUUAUUCUGGUUUCCUUGUGCAACGGACUGGCUGGACAAGAGAACCAGAUGUUUUCUUCUCGUGGCUUUCAGGUGUACCCUUUUCUGGUGGUGGUUUUAAUGAUGGUGCAAUUGCUGAAGGGCUUUCUGAAGCUCUGAUGAUGUUCCCAAAUUCUCAAAGUGGAAGCCCGAAUCAGCAGAAUGUGGAUAUUCAUAAGCAUUGUAUCCUUGUAGCAGCAAGCAAUCCUUAUCCAUUGCAGACACCAGUCUAUGUUCCGCGACCACAGAGCCUAGAGAAGAGUGAAACCAUUGAUUCAGACCCAGGGAACCGUUUAUAUGAUGCUGAAGCUGUCGCUAAAGCAUUUCCUCAGUUUUCUAUUUCUCUGUCAGUCAUCUGCCCUAAACAACUUCCCAAAGUUAAAGCCAUCUACAAUGCGGGAAAACGAACUAGUAGAGCAGCUGAUCCACCAGUUGAUGUUAAAACUACUCAUUUCCUUGUUUUAAUAUCAGAAGCUUUCAGGGAGGCCUCCAGUGCUUUGAGUCGUUCUGGGAUCACAAGCUUGCCUUCAAAUCAAAGUCCUGUUAAAGUAGAUGCAGUUUCUGUUACACCAGUUACAGGGGCACCCCCAACUUCUUUGCCAUCAGUUAAUGGAUCAAUUGCAAGCCGGCAGCCAAUAUCUGCUGGGAAUGUGGCUCCUGCUACUGUAAAAGUGGAGCCUGUUCCCGUAACUUCCAUGGUAGCUGGACCUGCUUUUCCUCAUAAUUCAUCAGUUCCGCGUGCUGCUAUUACUGGUCAAGGAAUUCCAAGUUUGCAGACAUCCUCUCCAUCUUCUGCUUCUCAAGAUAUCAUGACAAAUACUGAAAAUGGUCAGGAUACAAAGCCUAUGGCGUCAAUGUUGCAGCAGCCCUUACGUCCAGUGAAUCCUGCACAAGCGAAUGUGAACAUUUUGAAUAAUCUCUCUCAAGCACGGCAGGUGAUGAACUCUGCUGCCUUAAGUGGUGGAACCUCUAUGGGACUUCCAUCAAUGGGUCAGACUCCUGUUGCCAUGCACAUGUCAAACAUGAUAUCUAGUGGGAUGGCAUCUUCUGUACCUGCGGCUCAAAAUGUAUUUUCAUCUGGACCGUCAGGAAUAACAUCAAUAACUAGUUCUGGACCUCUUACUGCUCCGGCACAGGUUGGACAAAACUCAGCUCUUGGUUCAUUAACUUCAGCUACUUCUAAUUUGUCUUCAAGUUCAAAUGUUGGGAUUUCACAACCAUUGAGUAAUCUUCAAGGAGCUGUUAGUAUGGGACAACAGGUGCCUGGAAUGAGCCAAGGAAACAUUUCAGGAACCCAAAUGGUGCAAGGUGGGGUUAACAUGAACCAAAAUGUAAUGAAUGGCCUUGGUCAAUCAGUUGUCUCUUCUGGAAAUGGUACAAUGAUUCCUACUCCAGGAAUGUCUCAACAAGUACAAUCAGGCGUGCAGCCACUUGUGAAUAAUGCAGCAGCUAAUAUGACUUUGCCACAGCAGACAUCAGGUGGUAUGCAGGCUACACAAUCCAAAUAUCUCAAGGUUUGGGAGGGAAGCUUAUCUGGGCAAAGACAAGGACAGCCAGUAUUCAUCACCAAGCUGGAAGGUUACAGGAGUGCUUCUGCCCCUGAGACAAUUGCAGCAAACUGGCCCCCUGUAAUGCAAAUUGUUCGGCUUAUAUCUCAGGACCACAUGAAUAACAAGCAAUAUGUAGGAAAGGCAGAUUUCCUUGUUUUUCGAGCAAUGAACCCUCAUGGGUUUCUCGGUCAACUGCAGGAAAAGAAGCUGUGUGCAGUUAUUCAAUUACCAUCACAGACAUUGUUACUAUCUGUUUCUGACAAAGCAUGCCGCUUGAUUGGGAUGCUCUUCCCGGGGGUAACACAGGAUAUGGUUGUUUUUAAGCCACAAUUGUCCAGUCAACAACAGCAACAAAUGCAACAGCAGCAGCAGAUGCAAUCGCAACAGCAGCUUCCUCACUUGCAGCAGCAGCAGCUUCCUCACUUGCAGCAACAGCAACUUCCGCAACUGCAGCAGCAGCAGCAACUACAACAGCAACAACAACAACUUACCCAGCUCCAACAACAACAGCAGCAGCAACUUCCACAAGUCCAACAGCAGCAGCUUUCCCAGAUGCAGCAGCAACAACUCCCUCAACUUCAGCAACAACAACUCUCGCAGCUGCAGCCGCAGCAACAGCUUCCGCAGUUGCAGCAAUUACAGCAUCAACAACUUCCUCAACAGCAGCAACAGAUGGUUGGGGCAGGAAUGGGUCAAGCAUAUGUUCAAGGUCCUGGGCGGUCACAAAUGGUUUCUCAGGGACAGGUAUCACAAGGACCAACAAACAUUGGUGGAGGGGGCUUCAUGAGUUAGCUCAAAUUUUUAUAUGGAUUCCUCACAACUAAUGCGGGUUAUAUUUAUAUUUUGGUUGAUAGGUCAAACUCUUAGACUAGCGUAGUAUGGUCAUAUAAUUUCCUUAGCCAUUUAGCCAUUAAAAACAUAGGCCAUAUUUAUUAAAAGCAUGUUAAAAAGUCAUUGGUCUUAGGUACAAAGUCGUGAUAAGUACCUAAUUUUAGUUUGAACCUGUUUAAGUACCUAAUUAAGAUAAUGCUAGUUCUAGCUCUGGACAACACCAAAGCUUUUUUUAAAACAAAAAGGCCAUAAAAUAUGGAGUUUACGGUUUAUGAAAUAAGAUGAAGUAUGCUUGGCAUUGGAGACUAGCCUUGCGUAUUUAUUCAUCAUA